GAGUACAACAGCCAUACUCAUUUGCAUUCACUUCUCAGUCCAUACAGUAGGGAUAUAUACUAUGGAGAACAUAAACAAGCAUUCACGAUGCACAUCUGCCGGGAAUUUGAAUCCAACCAUCAGCUUAACCACUCCAGAGUAUCUCUGAAUCGUUUCACCCGAAAGUCACAAAUCACCCUAAUGUCCAACUCAUCUCUUGCCUCAUGGGUGCAAAUAGCCACCAAUGUCCUGCCUCCCUAGCACCAUUUCCACCACCACCGAGGCACGCGGUGGUCCUCGAUGACCCUCACUUCCGACCCCUCUUCCCCAUCGCACAUUCCACUGUUCCCUCGCCUCCUCGUUAUAUACAGAACAAUACCAUGGCUGUUUACAUCUAAAUCCGGGGUAUUGACACCGCCUAUAGGAUAUUUGUUGAUUUGUUUUGUUCCAACUACCGGGAUUGUUUGUAUUUAAGAACUGCUGCUCUCGUUUCACCAAAAAAAAUAGCAGUGAUUAGUCCAGCAUUCUUUUUUUUGCUGACGUUGCUCAAGCAACUGGCCAAAACCUUUUUCACAAUCAAAUACACCCUCUGUAUAAACCACAACCCUCUACCAUAUUACAUACUAUCUGGAAGACCACACAUCACAUAAGUGAUGUAGAAUCAUUGUCGCCAUAUUAAUACUCAUCUGGUGUCCCCGGAUUUUCUGCCGGCCCAUUUGCGAUGAUCCGCUAUUCCUGUCAGUUUUUGUGGGGUGUAAAUAAUACAAAGUCAUCCAGGCU